CGCGCUGGCUCCAGCGGUGCCCGCGGGGAAUGUGACAUCAGCGGCGCCGGGCUGGAGGAGGCAUCUCGCCUUGGCUGCGCUGUGCACACCUCGCCCCGGGGAGGACGCAUCCCGGGCAGGCGGCAGGGAUGUCGGCGAAGGAGAGGCCAAAGGGCAAAGUGAUCAAGGACAGCGUGACCCUCCUGCCCUGCUUUUAUUUCGUGGAGUUGCCUAUAUUGGCAUCAUCGGUGGUUAGCCUGUAUUUCCUUGAACUCACGGAUGUCUUCAAACCCGUGCACUCUGGAUUCAGCUGCUAUGACCGGAGUCUUAGCAUGCCAUACAUUGAACCCACCCAGGAGGCAAUUCCUUUCCUCAUGUUGCUUAGCUUGGCUUUUGCUGGACCUGCAAUCACGAUUAUGGUAGGGGAAGGAAUCCUCUACUGUUGCCUGUCCAAAAGAAGGAAUGGGGUUGGCCUGGAGCCCAACAUUAACGCUGGAGGCUGCAACUUCAACUCGUUCCUUAGAAGAGCCGUCAGAUUCGUUGGUGUUCAUGUCUUUGGACUCUGCUCUACAGCUCUUAUCACAGACAUCAUCCAGCUCUCCACAGGCUACCAGGCACCGUACUUUCUGACUGUGUGCAAGCCAAACUAUACCUCUCUGAAUGUGUCUUGCAAAGAGAACUCCUACAUUGUAGAAGACAUUUGCUCAGGAUCUGACCUUACAGUUAUCAACAGCGGCAGAAAAUCAUUCCCUUCUCAACAUGCGACCCUUGCUGCCUUUGCAGCUGUGUACGUUUCGAUGUACUUCAAUUCCACACUAACGGAUUCCUCUAAGCUUCUGAAACCUCUCUUGGUCUUCACCUUUAUCAUCUGUGGAAUCAUCUGUGGGCUAACACGGAUAACUCAGUAUAAGAAUCACCCAGUUGAUGUCUACUGUGGCUUUUUAAUAGGAGGAGGAAUUGCUCUGUACUUGGGUCUGUAUGCUGUGGGGAAUUUUCUGCCUAGUGAAGAGAGUGUGUUUCAGCACAGAGAAGCCCUCAGGUCUCUGGCAGACCUCAAUCAAGACCCCAGCCGAGUUUUAUCUGCUAAAAACGGUAGCAGCACUGACGGAAUUGCUCACACUGAAGGCAUCCUUAACCGAAACCAUAGAGAUGCUAGCUCCUUGACCAACCUCAAAAGGGCAAAUGCAGACGUAGAAAUCAUCACUCCGCGGAGCCCCAUGGGGAAGGAGAACAUGGUUACCUUCAGCAAUACCUUGCCUAGAGCCAACACCCCAUCCGUGGAAGACCCUGUGAGAAGAAACGCCACCAUUCAUGCCUCGAUGGAUUCUGCUAGAUCCAAGCAGCUCCUCACCCAAUGGAAGAAUAAGAAUGAAAGCCGGAAGCUGUCUCUGCAGGUUAUAGAGACCGAGCCGGGACAGUCACCACCCAGAUCCAUUGAAAUGAGAUCAAGCUCGGAGCCGUCCAGGGUGGGGGUCAAUGGAGACCACCACGCUCCCAGCAGCAAUCAGUACCUCAAGAUCCAGCCUAGCACCGUCCCUGGGUGUAACAAUAGCAUGCCUGGGGGACCAAGAGUGUCCAUUCAAUCCCGCCCCGGGUCCUCACAGUUAGUACACAUCCCUGAAGAGACGCAGGAAAACAUAAGCACCUCCCCCAAAAGCAGCUCUGCUCGGGCCAAGUGGCUGAAAGCCGCGGAGAAGACCGUGGCUUGUAACAGAAGCAACAGCCAGCCGCGCAUCAUGCAAGUCAUAGCCAUGUCCAAGCAGCAGGGUGUCCUCCAAAGCAGCCCCAAGAACACUGAAGGCAGCACGGUCUCCUGCACCGGCUCCAUCCGCUACAAAACGCUGACAGACCACGAACCCAGUGGGAUCGUGAGGGUUGAGGCCCACCCGGAGAACAACAGGCCCAUCAUACAGAUCCCGUCCACCGAAGGCGAAGGCAGUGGCUCCUGGAAAUGGAAAGCCCCUGAAAAGGGCAGCCUUCGCCAAACGUACGAGCUCAACGAUCUCAACAGGGACUCAGAAAGCUGUGAGUCUCUGAAAGACAGUUUUGGUUCUGGCGAUAGAAAGAGAAGCAACAUUGACAACAGUGAGCAUCACCACCACGGAAUCACCACCAUCCGCGUCACCCCGGUAGAGGGCAGCGAAAUCGGUUCGGAGACUCUGUCCGUUUCUUCCUCCCGCGACUCAACCCUGCGGAGAAAGGGCAACAUCAUUUUAAUCCCUGAAAGAAGCAACAGCCCCGAAAACACGAGGAAUAUCUUCUACAAGGGAACCUCCCCCACACGGGCUUAUAAGGAUUGA